AAGAAGAUGGGAUUAGAACAAGCUUCUGAGGCAACAGUGUUCAGCGCAGGAAUGUUACACAAUGAAGUUGGACAAAACACCAUUCUCUGCAUGCCCUGUAAUUGGUCAAUCUUUAUAAGCAUUGAGAAACUUCCCUAAAGGUUAUCCCAUAUCAGUUAUUUACAAACACUCCUGUUUAUAUAAGGCUGAUUGUGUACCACGGCUGUAUAGCUCUGCUAAAGACCUGCUUUUGUGACCAAGUGAAGAUGAAGGUUACUUUGAUUGCAUUAUGUUUCAUUAUUCUUAUGGUUAAUCAAGCUGACUCUCUGAACUGCAGGGUAUGUGCAUCAAAACCUGGGGAGACAUGCAAAUUUCCAAUAUUGACCUGUUCGUUUCAAAGUUCGCACUGCUACACUAGAAAAUUCAAUGCACCUUCUCGUUAUGGAGAAGUAAAGGGAUGCAUGUCUCCUGACGACUGCAGCUCAAGACAUUUUUUUGACCAGAUGUACAACUCACAAACCACAUGCUGCAACUGGGAUGCUUGUAACUGAACUGGAUACUUAAAUCAAGCAUUUUCAUGACUAAAAUUAAUAUUUUUGCUAAACAGCAUAUGUAUAAGGGUAGUUACUUGCUUAUUUCAUGUAUAUAUACAGCUUUAUGCACAGAAAAAUAAAUCUUUAAAAGCAAAUAAUGUGUGUUGCCCUUUUAAAAGUAAGGGUUAAGAACAGACAGAAAAGUCUAUUUCCUUAUGCAGGGUCAAACGGAAUAAAUAUUUCUGAAUUGUGA